GCGCGCGUGGCAGCAGGGGGGAGCACGUGGGAGCGCGGGGUGGAGCACGCGGGAGCUGGAGCGGUGACACGUGCCUUUUACACUGUUGCUGCGGUGGAUGCUGAAGUCGGAAUCUACAACGGGAGGAGGGAGACGUCCAUACGUAUUUUCCUCCCAAACUGUCGAGCGACCUUGCGCUUCUUUCCUCGAUUGCUCGCAGAUGCUGAUGUCGGGGCGACCGGGUCGGAGUGUGGCAACAGUUUUUCUGAAUCAGGAUCGGGACCAAGGGGGAAAAGGGCAUCGUUCCUUAAGGACUCGUUCACACGAGCUCUUGUCGGAGGAUAUGGCGGUUGUGCUUAAUGAGCAUGAUGAUGCUGUUGUCAUCCAGGGAGGGAACGCAGAAGAGCUGCAGCAGGGAAACUGGCCUUGUGUUGGAGAGAGGGAUCAUUCGAAUGACAGCAGUCUGUUCCGAUCGUGGCAGGAAGAAGUAGAGGGAGGGAGGUCCAUGAUGACGGAGGUGAAGGACAGAAAGUGGAGACUGCAGGACACUUACGUGUCCGGCUAUGGUGGUAGAUGGCCAGGAGGGAGAGAUGGCAGUGUGGUGGUCCUAACAACAGAAACUGAGAAGAAGAAGGAACAACAGCUGCAGCAAGAGGCAGGCAUGAGGGUAAGUGAGAGUGAGGGGUGGAUGGAGGAGGAAGCGGAGAUGGGUGGAAUUGCUGUGGGGUCGCCAGGGGGCAGGAAGGUGGUGGAUUUUAUUGCCACAUGGGAUGCAUUGGCGCCUCGACUGCCGAAGGAUGUGAUCAGGAGUCCUUCGGCUGGGAUUUUGCUUGCUGCCCUGAAGCUGGUCGUUCCAGCGCUGCAGGAUGCUGUUGUGGUAGAGGGAGGACGCCUGCGCGUUGCCCGAGCAUUGUCGCUCGCGAUGACCCUGUCUGAUCUGCAGAUGGAUGGGGAGACGAUUGCCACCGGCCUGGUGAGGGAGGCAUUUGAAAUGGGAAGAAUAACAGUCAAGCAGGUGGAAGAUCAUCUGGGGAUCACAGUGAAAAGACUAUUGCAGGACUGCAUGAAAGUGCAAACGAUUCCUGCAACGUUGGAUCUGCACGAUGAAGAGAAUGCAAGGGCACUUCGCCGGUAUUGUCUUUCCUUUCAUGAUGUCAGGGCGGUGAUCAUUGAGGUGGUGUCAAAACUGGAUGUGAUGCGGCACUUGCAGGUGGACUCGGUCCCACGCUACCGAAGCAUCAUCGUAGCCCUUGAGACCAUGCAAAUAUAUGCGCCGAUUGCACAUUCAAUUGGCCUCGGGAGAAUCGUGUGGGAGCUGGAGGACAUUGCGUUUCGCGUGCUCUUCCCAGGAUCUUACGACGCUCUCGCUGCCUGGGUUCGAAGCCAGUGGGACCUGGGACCAGAGGCCAUGAUAGAGACAUGCCGGAAGCGCCUGGACGAUGAACUGCGAGCGGACAAACAGUUCAUGGCGAAGGUGGACUCGUUUGUCGUAACGGGCCGUGCGAAGAGUCUCUUCAGCUUGAUGCGGAAGCUCCUCAGGGAUGGUCGUGAUAAGCGUGAGGUGUAUGAUCUUCUAGGACUCAGAAUUGUCGUGACACCAAAGGUUCUUCCUCCGCCCGAUGAGGAGGAGGAGGUGGGGGUUGGUAAGUGUAGCAACCCGCUGAGGGAUAGGGAAAGGCAGAGGGAAAGGGAGAGGGAGGCAUCCGUAUGCUACUAUGUAAGGUCGAUCGUGAAGCGGAUUUGGGAGGAGAUUCCUGAACGAUACAAAGAUUACAUUGGAAAACCUAAGAAGAACGGGUAUCAGAGCCUGCACAUGGCAGUCCAUACAGACCCAGGACAUGUGAGCCCCCCGCUCGAGUUGCAGAUCAGGUCGGCUACGAUGGACUUUGUUGCCGUCUCUGGGGGUGCUGCUCAUGGUGCCUACAAGGGGGGAAUUACUGACCCCCAACAAGUGAAGAAUUUGCGGAUGCUCAUGGACGCUCUGGUGAACGCUUCCACACCAUCACAGUUGAAAACCGCCGCCCCGUUUCCCAGGGAUGAAGCCGAAGCCGUUGUCGCGGAGCCCAUGGGGACUGCGGUGCAGGCAAUGGAUCCCGCACCUGCCGUCACGUGGGAGAUGCCUGAGGAAGAUGAGGCUGGGGAUGCAGUAGAUCAUGUAUUUGCCCUUUUUGACAGGAAUGGGGAUGGGGUGAUCAGCAAGGAGGAGUUCAAGCAAGUGAUGCACGAGCUUGGUGCCCCUGGCACGGAGACGGAUGUAAAUGAGUUGAUGACCAUCGUCGACAGCAACACCGAUGGGACCGUCACCGCAGAGGAAUUUCAGGAAUUCCGCCGUCAAGCCUCUGUGCUGCGCAACCUGAGUGGCGCCGAUCAGUUGUACCAGAACGAGAUCAGCAGGAAGCUGCAGUGCCUCGAUGAGGGUUCAGAGCGACCUGGAGGAGGUUCACGAAAACCUGUGGCACCUACAAGGCAUCUUUAUGUCGCGAACUGCGGACCUGGAGUAGGGAUCGAGUAUGAGGAGGUGGAACAGAUUUUCAGAAAGUUUGGGAAGUUGGAGUGUGUGCAGCCGUCCCUCACAAGUCAGUCGCGAACGUAUGUGUCAUUUAUUGAGGUUGCAGCUGCGGCGGCAGCUUACGCAGGCCUGAAUGGAGUCGAGGAUCCUUGUUCGUCCCGUAAACGGAUCAUGCACAUCGAGUUCGCGGAGGUUGCAUCUGAUGACUUCAAGGUCCCUCCACCAUGCCAUGUUUGCCGAACGAGCGAUGAAGUUGACAUCCCAGGCCUGUUCCUUCACACUGACUUCAUUACACCAGAAGAAGAGAAGGCAUUGCUGGACGCAACCGAUGGCAUUUCCUGGGACUGUUUGUCGAAGAGGAGGGUUCAGCAUUUUGGGUAUGAGUUCAAGUACAAGAUCAGGAAUGUUGAUAGGAGGGAACGGCUUGGAGAUCUUCCGGCAUUUGUUAAGGACGUUGUUGACAGAAUAAGCCUGCUGCCAGAGGUGCAAUCAGCAAGCGAGCCAUGUCUACCUUUGGAUCAGCUCACGGCAA